GGAGGGUUCCUUUGGUCCUGGCGUGGAGAAGGAAGAGGUCCGCAUCCCAUCCGACGCACAACGGGACUCGGCGGAGCCGCGACGGGAGCGGAGAACACUUUCACUUUGACUUUUGAAGCCCUUCUUUACAUGGAGGCCGAGAAAUGACAUCGUCGGCGUGCGAGAGGAGGGCGUUCGCCCAUAAAAUCAACCGGACAAUUGCAGCAGAGGUCAGAAAACAAGUGACCAGAGACUAUGGCUCACCUCAGCUGUCUAAGAAACGAGGAGGAGCUCAUCACUCUCUGCCCCUGACGGAGGUGGUCGAACCCGUGGACUUUGAAGAAUAUGUGAGCAGCCACGCUCCUGGGGUGGAGGCUGGCCCCCUCCGACAGCUGAUGGAGUUUCCCCAGGACGACCUGGAGCUCCUCCAGCUGGACAAAGAGUGCACUACACUGGAGCCGCCUAUGCCUGAGGAAGAGGAGGACUCACUAGAUCCCAAAGUGAGAGAUGCCCUGGCAGUCUACACAGAUGACUGGCUCGUCAUUCAUAGAAAAUUUCAACACUACAGCACCGCUUACUCCCCUCACAACUCCGAGCGACAGAGAGAGAGGCAGCGGGGGCUGGUCAAACAAACCUUUGAGCUGGACGAGGCUGCUGCGCAUGAUCGCCAGGACGACCAGGAUGACUCAAAACGGAGGUCAGUCAGCCUCUACGAGACCCCCCGAGGCAGCUGGGCUUCCAGCAUCUUUGACCUGAAGAACUCCUCGCCGGAUGUCCUGCUCCCCUCCGUGCUGGAGCAAACAGCUGCUGAGGAUAUGGACCGUAACAACACCGAGGCACGCUCCCAGGGGCGCCACAGCGACCUGCUUGGCUUGUACCCUCCCCCUGAUGAGGAUGAAGCAGUGGAGAAGUGUUCUCUACCCGAGGUGCCCAAAGAACACUGUGGCCAGAGGAUUAUGGUCAAGUGUUUGUCACUGAAAUUUGAAAUUGAAAUUGAGCCAAUAUUUGGAUCGCUUGCGCUUUAUGACAUUAAGGAAAAGAAAAAGAUCUCAGAGAAUUUUUACUUCGACCUUAACUCGGAUCAGAUGAAGGGACUGCUGAAGCCCCAUACGUCUCACAUAGUUAUAUCCACGCUGGCUCGUUCUGCCAUUUUCUCCAUCACAUACCCUUCUCCUGAUAUCUUCUUGGUCAUUAAGCUUGAAAAAGUUCUUCAGCAGGGAGAUAUUGGCGAGUGCUGUGAACCCUACAUGGUCAUGAAAGAGUCUGAUUCCUCAAAGCACAAGGAAAAGCUGGAGAAGCUCCGUCUCCAGGCGGAGCAGGCGUGCACUCGUCUUGGACGUUUCCGCAUGCCUUUUGCCUGGACAGCCAUUCACCUCCUCAACAUCGUCAGCACUGUUGGAGGUCUUGAUCGCUCUGACCCAGACUCUGACUCUGAACGAAAGAGCCACGGGACCUGGAAUGAGAAAAAGAAGAAGGGUUUUGAGAGGAUGAGCGUCGGGGACGAGAUGUGUAACUUUGCCACUUUUCGCCCAGCGACGCUUACGGUCACCAACUUCUUCAAACAGGAGGGUGAUAGACUGAGUGAUGAGGAUCUCUACAAGUUCUUGGCAGAUAUGCGUCGGCCGUCCUCCGUUCUGCGACGGCUCAGGCCCAUCACAGCUCAGUUGAAAAUCGACAUAUCUCCAGCGCCGGACUCGCCGCAUUAUUGUCUGUCACCGGAACUGCUUCACGUGAAACCUUACCCUGACCUGCGUGUCCGGCCGACCAAAGAGGUGCUGGAGUUCCCUGCUCGCAAUGUGUACACGCCGCACACCACCUACAGAAACCUGCUCUAUGUUUACCCGCAAAGUCUGAACUUCAGCAGUCGUCAGGGCUCAGUGAGGAACAUUGCUGUGAAAGUUCAGUUCAUGGCAGGAGAAGACCCCAGUCAAGCUUUACCGGUCAUCUUCGGAAAGUCAAGUUGCGCCGAGUUCGUGAAAGAGGCGUACACUCCCAUCAUCUAUCAUAACAAGUCCCCCGAGUUCUAUGAGGAGAUGAAGAUGAAGAUUCCUGCCAAUCUGACAGACAACUAUCACCUGCUGUUUACCUUCUACCACAUCAGCUGCCAACCCAAGCAGAACACUCCCCUGGAGACUCCCGUGGGCUACACUUGGAUACCUUUGAUGCAGCACGGCCGGCUGUGCACCGGCUCCUUCAGUCUUUCCGUGUCUGUAGAAAAGCCUCCGCCGAGCUACUCCGUGCUCACCCCCGACGUUCAGCUUCCAGGCAUGAAGUGGGUGGAUAAUCACAAAGGAGUGUUCAAUGUCGAGGUGACAGCAGCCUCCUCUGUUCACACUCAGGACCCACACCUGGAUAAGUUCUUUACUCUGGUCUAUGUCCUCGAAGAAUACUCCUUCCCGUUCCGACUUAAGGAUGGGAUUAUCACUGAAGCUAACCUGGAAGGGGAGCUGAAAGCUAGCAUAACCUCACUGUGUCGGGCUCGCCUGGAUACUUGUGUCAGGUUUUUGCACCACCUGCUUAACAAGCUCAUUCAGCUCAUCGUGUACCCCCCAGUCAUUGCGGGCCAAAUUGUGAACCUUGGCCGGGGUGCCUUCGAAGCUAUGGCUCUAUUCGUUAACCAGAUCCACAAAAACCUGGAGGGAAACCAAGACCAGCACGGUCGCAACAACCUGCUGGCCUCCUACAUUCAUUACGUCUUCCGCCUGCCCACCGCCGAACCAGCAAUGCCUCCAACAGGGAGCCAUUCCUAUGAGAUGCCUGUGCAGUAUGCUACCUUAUCCAGGGCAACGGGCCGCCCGAGCAGCCUGCUCCUGUCCCGCUCAAAGAGCAUUAGCAAUUCCAAUCCCGACCUGGCUAGCACACCCAUUUCCCCUGAUGAAGAAGUGCAAAGGAUCAUAGGAAGCAAGGGCAUUGACCGCUCCCACUCCUGGGUAAACUCUGCUUAUGCCCCUGGGGGCUCCAGAUCUGUGCUACGCCGGAACCCCAACUCCAGCUGCGAGCUCAAGCAGGCAAGCGACCACAGCUUCAAUCGCAUGUCUGCCUUUCUGGACAGCGUGGCCUUGUUAACUGUUCCCACAAGACCAGUUACAAAGAAGUUGCUCCACGAGGAGCUGGCAUUGCAGUGGGUGGUCAGCACAGCCCUAGUUAGGGAAGCAGCAAUGCAACAGGCCUGGUUCUUCUUCCAGUUAAUGACCAAGAGCAUGGCUCACCACUUAUUCCUGACCUCUAAACUGGAUGCUCCCAGGCGCCAGCGCUUCCCAGAUCGCUUCGUUGAUGACAUCGCUGCGCUUGUGUGUGCCAUUAGUGCAGACAUAGCCAACAGACACCACAAGGAUGUGGAGCUGGUGGAGAGGCUAAAUAACAGUCUGGCCUUCUUCCUUAACGACCUGCUGUCUCUGAUGGACCGGGGCUUCGUGUUCAACCUAAUUCGCUCCUACUACAAACAGAUUGCGAACAAGCUCCACACAACGCAGAAUCCCAGCUCUCUGAAUGCCCUGAAGAUGGACUUUAUGCGUAUUGUCUGCAGCCAUGAGCAUUAUGUCACCCUCAACUUGCCCUGCUCAACUCUGAGUCCUCCAGCGUCCCCGUCCCCUUCUACCUCUUCCACCACGUCACAGAGCUCGGCAUUUUCAAGUAUGGUGCAAGACCAGGGUGUGGCCACCAUGUUUGAGCUGUCGGUCCCUUUUCGCCAGCAACACUUCUUGUCUGGCCUGCUGCUCGCUGAACUCUCUCUCAUUCUUGAUCCGGAUGGUGAAGGGGUUUUCUUCCUUCAUAAAAAGGCCAUCAGUGCUGUUCACUCGCUGCUGUGCAGCCACGAUGCAGACCCUCGUUACAAGGACCCCCAGGUCAGAGCGCACGUUGCCCAGCUCUACCUGCCCCUGCUGCACAUCGUCAUGGAGUCGCUGCAUCAGCUCCACGAUUUCUCUGACUCCUCGUCUGCUCGCGCUCGCCAUGCCUCUGCCUACUUUGAAGAUACUGACCCAGACAGCAGCAACGUUAUCAACCAGUCUGUUGCCAUGGCGAUCGCCGGCUCCCCUUUACAGCAUACCAAAGCAAACACCUUUGCAAUCCCCACUGUGGCUGGGCGCCAGUCCAGCUCGCUUUCUGCUGAGUGCAGUCGGACGCUGCUGGUGUGCUUCCUGUGGGUGCUGAAAAACGCGGAUGCGUCGCUUCUGGAGCGCUGGGUGUCUGAUUUGUCUGUGCUGCAGAUCAACCGUUUGCUGGAGCUGCUUCAUCUCUGUGUGUCCUGUUUUGAAUACAAGGGGAGGAAAGCUCUAGAAAGAAUAAACAGCCUGACAUUUAAGAAGUCUCAGGACAUGAAAGCCAGACUGGAGGAAGCCAUACUGGGAACUAUAGGAGCCCGUCAAGAGAUGGUCCGCCGCUGCAGAGAAAGGAGUCCUUAUGGCAGCCAGGAAAAUGUCAGGUGGAAAAAGAAUGUUACCCACUGGAGACAAAAUACAGACAGAGUUGACAAGAGUAAAGCUGAGAUGGAGCAGGAGUCUGUGGUGGAUGGAAACUUGGCUACUGAGGCGUCUCUGAUAGUGCUGGACACGCUGGAAAUUAUCGUAAAGACGGUGGUUGCAUCUGAACUGAAGGAGAGUGUUCUCGGUGGAGUCCUGAGAGUGAUUCUUCACAGCAUGGCAGGCAACCAGAGCGCCCUCUUUCUGCAGCACUGCUUCACUACACAGAGAGCUUUGGUUUUUAAGUUUCCAGAGAUGCUCUUUGAAGAGGACACAGAGCUGUGUGCAGACCUUUGUUUGCGUCUCCUCCGUCACUGCAGCAGCAGCGUUGGCACUGUCAGAAGCCACGCCUCCGCCUCUCUUUACCUCCUCAUGAGGCAGAACUUUGAGAUUGGAAAUAACUUUGCACGAGUGAAGAUGCAGGUCACCAUGUCUCUGUCCUCGUUGGUGGGAACAUCGCAGAACUUCAAUGAAGACCAUCUUCGUCGGUCACUAAAGACCAUCUUGACAUACGCCGAGGAGGACCUAGAGCUGCGUGACACACCUUUCCCGGAGCAGGUCCAGGAUCUGGUGUUCAACCUGCACAUGAUACUUACAGACACUGUGAAAAUGAAAGAGCAUCAGCAGGAUCCUGAAAUGCUCAUUGACCUGAUGUACAGGAUUGCCAAAGGCUACCAGAAUUCCCCUGACCUGCGCCUCACAUGGCUGCAGAACAUGGCCAGGAAACACUCUGAAAGGGGGAACCACGCCGAGGCGGCCCACUGCCUCGUCCACAGUGCAGCACUCGUAGCGGAGUACCUCAACAUGUUGGAGGAUUGCCGCUAUCUGCCCAUCGGUUGUGUAACAUUUCAGAAUAUUUCAUCGAACGUAUUAGAAGAAUCAGCAGUUUCAGAUGACGUCGUGUCUCCUGAGGAGGAAGGCAUCUGUUCUGGGAAGUAUUUCAGCGAGUCUGGCCUGGUGGGCCUCCUGGAGCAAGCAGCUGCCUCUUUUAACAUGGCUGCCAUGUAUGAAGCUAUAAACGAGGUGUACAAGAUACUGUUACCGAUCCACGAAGCCAAUCGAGACUUCAAAAAGCUGGCGACUGUGCAUGGGAAGCUGCAGGAAGCCUUCAACAAAGUCUACAACCAAAGUUCAGGAUGGGAGAGAAUGUUUGGGACCUACUUCCGAGUUGGUUUCUACGGUUGCCACUUUGGAGAUUUGGAUGAGCAGGAGUUUGUCUACAAGGAGCCCUCAAUCACCAAAUUAGCUGAGAUCUCCCACAGGCUGGAGGAGUUCUACUCGGAAAGGUUUGGGGACGAAGUGGUCGAAAUUAUCAAGGACUCCAAUCCAGUGGACAAAAGCAAACUGGAUGCCAACAAGGCCUACCUCCAGAUCACCUACGUCGAGCCUUACUUUGACACAUACGAGCUGAAAGAAAGGAUCACCUACUUUGACAAGAACUACAACCUUCGCACCUUCAUGUACUGCACUCCUUUCACCCUGGACGGCCGGGCGCACGGCGACCUGCAUGAGCAGUACAAGCGCAAAACCAUCCUGACAACGUCUCACGCCUUCCCUUACAUAAAGACACGGGUCAACGUCAUCCACAAGGAGGAGAUUAUCCUGGUUCCCAUGGAGGUGGCAAUUGAAGACAUGCAGAAGAAGACGCAGGAGCUCGCCUUUGCCACAAAUCAAGACCCUGCAGACCCUAAGAUGCUUCAAAUGGUGCUGCAGGGCUGUGUGGGAACCACAGUCAACCAGGGUCCCCUUGAAGUGGCGCAGGUCUUUCUCUCCGACAUUCCAGAAGACCCAAAGCUGUUUCGCCAUCACAACAAACUGCGGCUUUGCUUUAAAGACCUAACCAAGAGGUGUGAGGACGCCCUGAAGAAGAACAAGUCCCUGAUUGGACCGGACCAGAGAGAGUACCACCGAGAGCUGGAGAGGAACUACAACAAACUAAAAGAAGCUCUGGGUCCUCUUAUCACCCGCAAGAUCCCCCAGCUGUACAGACCCCUGCCAGUUCAGGCUUUGCAAACACAACGGAACUCCUACAGCAGGUCGAGUUUCCGCAAAAUCGACGGUUGAGGUGCAGAAAACUGGAUCCCCACAUAAAGCAACAAGCUGCAGAAAGUAGCAACAUCCUCUUCCAUCUGUCCUGCGUUGUGUGCCAACUGUCAUCGUCUCACACACACACACACACACACACACACACACACACA